UCUCAGUCAGCCCAAAAGAUCAAAAAAACGCCAUGCAAAUUUAACGUUGGAUAAAAUGAUGGAAAAGUUCCUGCAGCAGAGCGUGGAUACCGAAGAGAAAUUUUACAGAUACGAAGAGCAGAGGCUCAAAAUUGAGGACAAGCGUCGGGAAGCUGAGCAUGCUCGAGAGCUGCAGAUGUUACAAAUGUUGGGACAGAUGUUGGCAGGAAUUUCUUCCACAGUAUCACAGAGGUCACAGUCUAUACCAGCAAGUCCACCUCAGAGAGCGAACCAUCGUUCGUAUGGCGAUAACUUUAAUUAUAAUGCUAUGACAGCAGCACUCUCUCCACCGAUAGUUAUAGAGAGAUCUUUUUCACUGCACAGAACACACUCUCUAAAGGAUAUGGAGAAUAUUUUUCAACUGGUGCGCAAUGUUAUCCCUCCUCUAACAGGGAAAAGGCAUAAAGGUCAAGAUGGACGUAUAGGCAUUGUUGGAGGAUGUCAAGAAUACACUGGAGCACCGUAUUUUGCUGCAAUUACAGCUCUCAAAGUGGGUGCAGAUUUAUCCCAUGUGUUUUGUACCAAAGAUGCAGCAACAGUAAUCAAAUCAUAUAGUCCAGAGCUGAUUGUUCAUCCAGUUCUUGAUAGUCCCAAUGCUGUCCAUGAGGUGGAAAAGUGGUUACCACGACUGCACUCAGUGGUCAUAGGACCUGGCUUAGGUAGAGAUGAAGUUCUGCUUGAGAACGCUAAGGGCAUUAUAGAAAAAUCGAAAGUGAAAGGAAUUCCUAUCGUUAUUGACGCUGAUGGACUGUGGCUCAUUUCCCAGCAGCCUUCUCUUAUUCAGGGCUACCAGCGAGCUAUUCUUACCCCCAACUACAUGGAGUUCAGCAGACUGUAUGAAGCCAUGCUUAGAGACCCCGUAGACAGUAGUGAUCAUCAUGGAUGUGUAUUAAGACUCAGCCAAGCCAUGGGGAAUUUGACAAUUGUUCAAAAGGGAGAAAGAGAUCUUAUUUCAGAUGGAGAAAAAGUACUCGUGUGCAGUCACGAAGGAAGCAGCCGGAGGUGUGGUGGACAGGGAGACCUCCUUUCCGGUUCUCUUGGAGUCUUGGCGCACUGGGCGUUUCUUGCCGGAGCAGAAAGAACAAAUGGUCAAAACCCCUUUCUCGUGGCCGCCUUCGGCGCUUGCUCCCUCACGAGGCAGUCAAACCACCAAGCCUUUCAGAAAUUCGGCCGCUCGAUGACUGCCACUGACAUGGUUUCUGAAGUCGGAACAGCUUUUAACAAACUCUUUGAAACCUGAGGCCGAAGCCGCCAAGAAGGUGAAAAGGAAGAAAGGCGACUGCAAGAGUUAAUUCCCCUAGAAUCGCCACGAGUACCGCCCCCUUUCAAGUGCUGUAGUGGCAUUGGUAUGCUAGGUAGAUGAUUUUUUUUUUUAAUAAUAGAAAAAUACAAUUAACGUAGAUAUUUUUUAAGGGUUUGGAAUACAACAACAAAAUGUUUUGGCCGAAAUAAGCUGUAGUUGCAGAUCCGUUAUAAUAUAAUAAAACUAAACUGAAAG